GUGAGUCGUCGAUUGUCUUUUUUUUUCUUUCUUCUGUUGCUGUCUCCUAUUCUUGUUUUUUUUUUCUCCUGUCAAGAGCCCAAGCAACCGCAUGGAUUGCGAUGUCGGGCCUUCGCCACAUCACUGCGCCAAGACGCUAAUCGCCCCAUGGGCCAAUCAGCGCGCCAGUCACGAGGCUGCAUUGAUCCACGGCUGAUCCACCUUUGCUCUCACACCAUCGUCGUGCGUGAGUCACUCCGCCUUCUGACUGAUAUGACUGCCCAAGCGGUGAUGUGGCAGAAGCAAACUUGUAUCAGGACUAUUUCCAGCACUGACAUAUAUAUAUCUCUUGGCGGUCUUGGGCAUCUGUCCAUAGUAAUACACUUGACUUUCUCGCCACUGUAUCGUUUGGCGCGAAACCAUUCAGGAGGGACACACCUCUCCUCUCGUCUGAAGCAGUGA